CUCUCUCUCAAGAAAAGUGAGAACAUAAACAUCACAUUACUGCUUUCUCCAGAUCUUGUCAUGUUUGAGAAAUUUGUGUGAAUUAAUGAUGUUUGUUGUGUCCUGAUGUUUUCUAGUUUUCCAUUUUUCUAAGAACUCUCAGGAACACUUUUCCCUUGAGGAAGGUUUUGGAGAUCUGUUUUGAAGAGCCAACAAAGAGGAGAAAACCAGAAGAGAUCAAGAGAAAGGGGAGAAGAAAAGGGGUUUGUGUGCAUAAUUAUAAUUUUGAUGGAAUCCUCAGCAGCACCAACUAAGUGGUUAUCUGAUUCUGAACUGGUAACUGAAGAUAUUCCAAUCAUUUUCACAAAUUACAACCCGAUGAACCCGUCCUUUGGUGACUACUCCCUCAACCUUGAUGAUCUUGACUUCCCAUCAUUUUCAUUAAAAAAUUACUCAUUGAAUCACGAAGCAGCGCCCAACUUCAGCGCUUCAUCAGUUGAAACCUUACAGCCAAGUACCAAAAGGGCCGCAAAGCAGCUCAAGAUGUCCCCGUCUAGCUCCCCAUUCCAAAUCAUAUCUUUAGGGAACUCAGGCUCUCCUCCAAGUAGGACUGAGUCUCAAAACUACUUUAAUGGGGUGGACUGAGUGGGUUCAGCGGUGAAGCCCAAGACUGAGUCUAUGACUCCAGACGGGAACGUGACUUUCCCAUCUCACGUGAUUUCUCAUGGUUAUUCCUAUCAACUAGGAGAAAAUAUUAAAGACAUUUCCAAGCAAGAAAGCUAUAGUAAUAAGAGGGGCCAUGGUGCCAUGAGUCGGACGCCUCUGCAUGCCCAAGAUCAUGUGAUCGCAGAGAGAAAACGCCGGGAGAAGCUCAGCCAACGUUUCAUUGCUCUAUCCGCAGUCGUCCCCAGCCUCAAGAAGAUGGACAAGGCCACCGUGCUCGGAGAUGCCGUCAAGUACAUUAAACAGCUUCAAGGACGCUCGGAGAAACUCGAAGAAGAAUUGUCAAGGAAAACUGUGGAAUCUGUGGUUGUCGUGAAGAAAUCUCAGGUUGCAAUGGAUGAUUACUCCUCUACAUCUGACGAGAGCUCGUGCGACCAGCCCAACCAAGAGCUGCCUGAAAUCGAAGCUCGAGUCUCUGAAAAGCAUGUUCUUGUCAAGGUCCAUUGUGAACGACGCCAAGGUUGCAUCUCCAAAAUACUUAACCUAAUUGAGAAGACGAACUUGAUCGUCCUUAGCAAUAGUGUCAUCCCAUUCGGCAGUUCGAUACUAGAUAUUACUAUUGUGGCACAGAUGGAAGGUGAGCUCCCCAUGACGAUUGAGGAUCUCGUUAAAAACCUUUGCCGGAAUCUCCUGAAUCUCAUCUGACCGCGGCAAUAUCAUAAAAUAUGACUCUCGAUCUCCAUGUAAUUUAACUUCUAAUCUCCUAAGCCUAUAUGCCUUGCUUCCUCAUCUCCUAUCCGUCUAGUUUUUCUUUUUUUUUUUUUUGUGUGUGACCAUUUUGGGUGAAAUCUUCUGCCAGUGAAUUCACUCUCUGGACUUAUUUUCGAAGGCUGAGCAUUUUUAAGGUGGGUUUUUUCUUUUUAAACUUUUUUCGGCGGUUGACUCGUUGACCAUGUGUUAUAACCCACGUGCUGUAUUUGAAACUCAAUUACUUAUUUUAAAUAUUUUUGGAGGACGCUUUUUGAGAGGUUUGACUUUUCAGAAGAAUUGGGCCUCUUUUAUAUAUGUCUUUAUCUAUUUUCUCCUUGUUAUUAUUGUGAUUUAUUCCGCUCUGCUCGUCCAAAAUUAUCGGUCUUUGAGAGACAAACAGGCACAUGUUUUCUUCCUAAUGGUCGGAUAUAUCAUCAGUGCAUUCUGUCAUGUCCAUUUCCCUGUCAAUUUGCUUGUUCUGUAUACUAUUGUACUCAAUAAAGUAUACAUAUAUAUAGUGGAAUAUCAUGUU